ACAUACUACCAGUGCCGGCUCAUGUAGAUGACAAUAAUAAACGUCCAGAGCGCUGCAUUCUUGAAAGCAUCGAUCACUCGGCAGUAACAGUUUUUUUGUUGUGAUCCAAGGCUUGAUUGUUUUCACGUUGUCCCUGAAGUGAAGAGCAGGCAUCUCAAUGCAAAGCCUCUACAAAUAACCUAGCUUGGCCAGUCUGCUGCUGUCCCUUGGAUUUAGCUAACGCGCGUGAUAUGAUCCGGAGUUCACCUAUGAAGUAACGUUUCCUCCUGGAACAUCUGCAGACUGCUUUUAAAGGCCGGGAAGCUACGCAUCAACUCACGCUUAUCCUGGGACACUCUCUCUGUCUCUUUGUGAGCAUACAGUUAAUCCAUUUUGGAGUGACAGCUGUUCGCCAUGCCCCAAGCCUAUAACCCAUUUAAACACACCACGUUUGUGUCUGAUUAUCAACCCUGGAUUUACGACUUGGACGAAUCUGGACUGCGAAUGGCCCUUCAGGAGCGGAAAGCUUUUACCGCUGCCAAUGUCAAAGCACUGCAACGCCUUCAAGGAAAGGAAGAGCAUAACCAAGAAAUACUCAACAUUCUAACGUCAGGUGGUGUUGAGGCUUACCCAGUCCUGUGUGAUGCAAUUGAAAGCAUGAGUCCCUUUUACAAAUCAAAAUGCGACGGCAUGAGGAAGCUUCUAGCUGAGCCAGCACCCGGCGCAACAACGCUACCUCCAUCCACUGGAGUUGCAGCCUCGCCGCCUACCUCUGUUCACGCUCCUGCAAAAGUAAAGGCUACGCCAGCAGAAGCGCCAGCAUCAGCAGCAGGAGCAACAGUAGCUGCAGCGGCAGUGCCGGGGACAUUGGUCCCCACAGCUAAUCUUCAGGUGGACAGUCCACUGGGCGAGAUGAUAGGACAGAAACUCCUCGAUGUGAAGGACUGGAAGGGAUUCAGCGACAGCUUGGAAAAGUGUGUUAGUCGCGAGAACCGUGACGACUUUGCCCAAGCCGUUGCGGUACUGAUUGAUCCGGAGAACGCCAACGAUUUCAGAGAUACCAUCCAGGACUUUAUUAGGAAGAAUAAACUUGGAGAUUUAGACCUAAAAGACAAUCUGUUUGGUGUUAUGAGAUGGGCGGUGGGCCAAUCUAGAAAGUACGAAGUCACGCUGGCCGACUUGGAGAAGAUAGCGCGAGACCUCAAUCCUGAUAGGAAGAACAGGAUACGAAACACAUUCCAUGUUGAAAAAUGGUGAGGCGUCAUCUUGAAGCUGUCUUGCUCUCCUGCCAAGCCGUGGCCUCCAGUCGUUCCUGGCUUAGCUGUCGACUGUCUACGUUACACCACUGCAGCAAGUGUUUUGUGAGACGAGUAUGUAUGUCGGGACACUGCGUGCCUAUGGGCGUGUGCUUGCCUGAAGAAGAUCUUCAUCAGCAUUUUCUCCCUCUUCACUUCUUUCUAGCCUUUUCUGUCUCUCUGGUUUUAUCCCUACCCAACGUACACACACACACACACACACAUAUACACGCACACACACACACACACACACACACACACACACACACACACACACACACACACACACGCAAACACCCAUCACCUUGGACCAUGGACCUUGGACGCCCAUCGCUAGUGCGAUGAUAGCGUGUGAACUGACCAAUAUUGGGAAUGACGCUUCAAGUCACCCGUCCGGCGAAAUGUUCGUCCACUUGCACUGAAAGCGCUUCACUGGCUCUUCCAGGGGCCAUGACCCCCCCCCCCCCCACACACACACACGGACUUACACAGGUUCUCUCUCUCUCCCUCUCUCUAUCUAACUAUCUCUCUCUCUUUCUUUCUUUCUUUCUCUCGUUUUGUGUCAAUUUCUAAGGUCUCUCAGUUCCAAAGUUGUUAUUUUCUUAAUUGCAUCACCCCCUGUCAGUAGAUCUCCUAUUCUCGUCCUUCACCUUACUGUAGUCAUGGUAACUAACUGCAUAUGUUCUUCUCCUUUCUUAUCUUAGAAUGACGUAAUGUGAACUGUACACAUCUAUUACUGGUAUCACCAGUUUAAGGUAUUGUCCUGUUGGAUUUGGAGCACGAAAUACACAAGUCCUACUCAUCCGUUCCUCUUCUUUUUUAGAUGAUUUCCAAUUUCUAUUCCUUUUCUGAGAUUCUAUUUUAGCUGCACACUCAUAGUGCGAGAUUCUUGUAGGUGCUAUUGUUCUAGAAAACAAUUUCAGCUGCA